AUGGCGUUAGACGAUGAACCGUCAGUCAAGUAUCCCUCCCAGUCCCCUCCUAUCAGCGAUGGCAGGAACCACCAUGUCAUGAUUGUCGGAGCUGGGCUAGGUGGACUCCUUCUCGCCAUUCCCUUGGACAAGGCCGGCAUCCCGUACGAGAUCUACGAACGAGCGAAAGAGGUCAAGCCCCUGGGGGCUGUCAUGACUUUGAACGCUGGAGACUUCCCGGCACUGGAACAAUUCGGGUUCUACGAGGAAUUCGUCAAGCUCUCGCUACCGGUUACAUGGACAUCCGUUUACCAUGGCGACAUGACCGAGAUCAUCACACUUAAAAUAAGCUCGCGGACCAUCGGCUACGACCAUAUCGUCUUCCCGCGACCGGAAUUCUAUGAUCUGGUGCUCUCCCGAGUGCCUCGCGAGAAGAUCCAUUUCAACAAGAAAGUCAUGUCCAUGGAGCAGAACAAAGAGGGUGCCUUGAUCCGCGGCUCGGACGGGACUACUUACCACGGCGACAUUCUCAUGGAGCAGAUGUGGAGUGUCUUCUCGAUUCCCGGGAACAGGAUUUGUUGGAGCGUCAAACUCCAAUUGCUAACUGUCGAGGAGGCGACCCAGCACAAGUUCAGGAACUCGGAAUGGGGAUCCGACACAAGCGACCCCGUGAUCAAGGAAGUGAGGGACUUUCUGAUCCCUAUGGGCGGCACCUUAGGGGACUUAAUUGAUUCCUCCCCACGAGACACGAUUUCGCGUGUCUUCUUGGAGGACAAGUUGUUCAAGACGUGGAACCAUGGCCGAACUGUUCUCAUUGGCGAUGGUCUCGCGUUCUCGGACAUCAGCGCAACACUGGACCAGUUUAAGAACGAGCGCUACAGCAAAGUCAAAGUACAGGUAUCCUUUAUUCAUCAGAUCCCUGUUCGUGGGAGUGGACCUCUUGUCACAAGCUCUCUGCUGAGUGGUGGAUUGGGUGUAACUGACAUGCAGGAUGCUGUUGUCCUCGUGAACUGUUUGUACGAGAUGAUAGGUAUCGCACUAGCGGAUAUUCAGCAAAUAUUCGACAGUUUCCAUGAGGAGCGCUACUCUUGA